AAUGUACAUAUAUCAAAGUACAGAAUUCCUAAUCUCACUCCAGAGAAGACAGACCAAAACGACGGGUUCCUGAAUAUUUUCUUGAGGAAGAGAAAAAUACUUCAAAGAUGACGCUGCCAAGGUAUGUCAGCAUUCUGCUGACAUCACAGUGCACUCUGUACCUGAUAGCUGGAGCACAGAACCAGCCUGAGCACAGCACCCUCUUCAUUGGUGGAACCCCAGGGACCCCGGGUCAGAACGGGGCACCUGGCAGAGAUGGGAGGGAUGGGCUGCCUGGGAUCCCGGGACCAAAGGGAGAGAAAGGUGACAAUUUUGAAUUAGGAUCAACAACUGACUGUUUCGACUCUUGCUUCUGGGGUCACAUCUACUGUGUCUCUGUGCUCAGGGCUCCUGGGUUUCCUGGGAUUCCAGGACCUGUCGGCCCCCAGGGACCUAAAGGAGAGAGAGGAGAGCCGCACAGUUCAGUGAACGACUCCAGUGACAACGCACAUCUGCUUUCUGAGAUCCAGCUGCUGAAGUCCAGAAUGACCAGGCUUGAGAUGGCUUCCAGCUUCAGCCUCUUCCAGAAAGGCGGCGACAAAUACUUCUUCUCCAACGGCUUCUUGGCAAGUUACGAUGAAGGAGUGAAGUACUGUAGCGACCUGGGCGCUGCGAUAGCCAUGCCGCUGGACGAGGUGGAAGACCGACCUCUCAACUCUAAGUUCUUGGUCGGCUCAGAUUUCGCCUUCCUUGGAGCGAACGACAGACAAGUAGUGGGGGUUUUUGUGGAUUUGGCUGGGCAGCCUCUUACAUACCUUAACUGGCAUCCUAAUGAGCCUAACAGUAUUGGUGAUGAGGAUUGUGUUGCCAUUAUCAAAUCAGGGAAAUGGGUUGACCUCAACUGUGAUCGCAAAAUUGUCAUAGUUUGUGAAAUAUAAAAGAGGAAUCAACAAACUAGACGUUCAGGACCUGCUUCAAUGCUUACACCACUAGUGCUUUAAUUAAAUGCAACAAUUAGAUUUGAGAUCAAUAUUGUUUUUCAACAUGUAGGUUUGGUCGUUAAAGUAAUAACUUUGACAAUCUUGUCCUCUUGAAAUAGAUGGUAUUAAAAAUAAUCAAUAAAAUA